GUACACGGCGCUCAUGCUGGUCGGGUAGGGCUCGGGGCGCGUGUCGACGCGGUGGGGCAUCUGCAUUGUGGCGUCAAUUGAUGCCAACAGCGGGGGCGGCGCGCGCGGGCUCACCGGGCGAUCACCACGCGCAGGCUUUUCUGUGCUCGCCGUCUCGGCGGGUGCUGCUGCGUCCUUGGCGGCGUCGGCGGGCGGGGCGGGCGACUGGCUGCCUCUCUGCUCGUCGCCGUCGGUGGCAGCGCUGGGGGAGCGGACCUGGGCGUUCCUGCAGAGGAGCAAUCAGCGGGCGUCCCGCCUAUAUAAGCGGACGAGGGCGCACCACGAAUACAUGUCCGGCCAAGACGAGCGACCUGUGCGACGGCCAAUCAGCGUCCCCUGCUCGCGUGCACAAACCGAGCCGGGCGCCGCGAGCUGGUCCGCGCGGCGUCCCACACCCACACGCACCUAGCUCACUUCCUUUUGAUGCUUGACCGUCGUCGGCGUCGUUGACCACGACAAAGACUUCCGCACAGCGUCGAGUACAACGACAAGGAGCACCGAGCACGUCGGCGCUGGCGAACCAGCCUCAGCAAUUUUACCCGGCACCUCCGCCGGCCCCUGAUCACUAUCCCCGAACGGAAGCGCCUAGAACCGCCCGUUGCCACCGCGUGCCUCGCCCUCCGUCCUUAUCGCCCCGCGCUCGCCGCCGUCGACGACGACGAGCAGCGAGGGGGAGGCGGGGGCGCGCCAUCAUCGAGCGGGAGGGCGCGCGCGCAGCCGCAAAGCCC